GCGAAUGUCAGCCCUGCAAGAAGAACAAUUUUCUAUGUGUGUUUUGUUCAGUUGCUGCAUGGAAAAAUAGUUUUUUUCCCUUUAUUUCGUACACCCAGUGCACGGAAAAACUCAAUCACACAGAAGAAAAACAAAAUUAAUGAUGCUCUUCAUGCUGCUGUUCAGCCGGCAGGGCAAACUGCGGUUACAGAAGUGGUACAUGGCAUAUCCGGACAAGGUGAAAAAGAAGAUCACCCGGGAACUGGUCACCACGAUACUGGCCCGUAAGCCUAAAAUGUGCUCGUUUCUGGAGUGGAAGGACUGCAAAAUUGUCUACAAGAGGUACGCAAGCUUGUAUUUUUGUUGCGCCAUCGAGCAGAACGACAACGAGCUGCUGACACUGGAGAUCAUUCAUCGCUAUGUGGAGCUGUUGGAUAAGUACUUCGGCAGCGUCUGCGAGCUGGAUAUCAUCUUUAACUUCGAGAAGGCCUAUUUUAUCCUGGACGAGCUCCUUAUAGGCGGAGAGAUCCAGGAGACGUCCAAAAAGAACGUACUUAAGGCUAUCGCCUCGCAGGAUCUGCUCCAAGAGGACUUCAAUGAGUAUCUUAACUAAUCGAUACAAAAAAGAACAGAUUAACAUAGAAGAAAAGAAAACCCAACCUUAAGAAGCAGUGUAAAGUGCAUAAAGUUAUAUACCAGAACUGCGAAGAGUCUUAGUGGAGUGUCGAUAGGUCAGAUCAGUCAAACCUUCGCCCAGCUGUACAUAUAUGUAUAUUGCCCAGCUUUAAUUCCCCCGCCUUCCCCGCGCUGCGUUGUGAUGUUCAUCCAUAUAAUAUGCAUUUCGUGUUUCCAAGUUGUGCCGUAAAUGAAAGAAAAGCAAAGCCAGAUUGAAAUUGGUUUCUUUUUUGGACAUGUUCUACUUACACACUUACACUUUCUUCUCGUACUACCACUACUACUACUUUCUUUCCUUCUACUCUUCUCGUUCUUAUUGUUCUUAUUCUCUGUACUCCAGGACGAAGCCGUUGAGGGCACUUUAAGAGACAUUGGACUCCUCUAAAGAACUAGUACACCCUAGAACUUAUUUAGUUGAUAUGACACGCACACCCAGAAACAACGAGCACACAAUAACACACACACAGAAACACCCCCAGCGAUAAUGUGUGCUGCACUUGGCACUUUUCAACACUGUUUCAUCAAUGCUAGUGUGUUCUGGCUGUUGUACAGCACUGAACGCUGAAAAAAUCGAAACAAAGAAGAAACCAAGCAGCGUAAGGCUUCAAAAGCAAUAAAUCCCACAAAGCUAUAUAAUAUAAAGUAACAUCAAAGCAUCUGGCAUGCGGUUUUUCAUACACCCUCUCUCUCAAAAAACACACUGAUAUAUUAGAUCCAGCUAAGUUCAUGCAAAACAAGCCAACCUUACGUAGUUUCAUCUGGGGUUUCCACAACUGAGUUAAUAUUCUUCUUCCUAUUUACAUUAAAUAAUCGAAAGAUCAUUCCAAUCAAUCACCAAAUGGGCAAUAACUAAUUUAGUGGGGAAUAUAUGCAAUACUAUUCUUACAAUAAAAACAAGUAAGCUUUAAUGUUGAAAAAAAUGAGAACGAUAUAUAAAAAUUGUAAUAAUCAUCCCUUAGUGGUAACCGAAUAAAGUCUAGUUUAUGUAUAUCUACAAAAAUAUAUGUUUAUGUAUGUGUGUUGUACGUUUUAGCCAAAUUUUCUGUGUUUUGUAACUGAAGAAAAACAAGUUAAAAUAAAAAGCAAGUAUUUUGAAAAAAAAAGCUAAAUGUACUCGUAUGCUAUAUUAUUAUGGUAAGAACUGGUGAUCCUCAGUUUGUAUUUAAUUUAAUUGUUUACUUAUAAUUUUAAUUGUUGUCUUUGCUGUUGUGACUGAACCAUUUGACUACUCUGACCUUUUUACGCUCGCUUUGAUCCACUCUCCACUGAUCUGACCUCUAAACUCCACUCUUUCCAAACUAUCUAUCUCCCCCUCUGUCUGGCUUAGUGCACCCGUUUGGUGUCCUUUUGCUUUUAGUUGUUAUAUCUUCUUACCCGUUAUUAAGAGCCUAUUUAUGAAGUGUAUAUUCCCUAGUAAAGAAUCUUUUACUUGGUUGCAUUUUAUCCAGAGCGAUGUUGAGUAUAGAUUACGUAACUGAAGCUAAGCAUUCUCCCAUUCCAGGACGAGACCCCGCAAAGUUUCUUCGACGAUCAUGGCCUGGGCUAGGUUGCCUCAAUGACAAAAAAACC